AUGAAAAUUCCACCUAUCAAAUGACUUAAAAAUUCUAUAUAAUACAAUCUCAAUAUUCAUAAUGCUAUAUGACAAGAAAAGGCUUGGUAAUAAAAUUUUAUGAGAUGCGAUAGGUUAGCCACACGAAUAAACGGACCACUCUUAGUUGUGAAGUCCAGCCCAAGCCCACCUAAAAUUAAGCAGCUCUUCGAAUAAGCGGACAAGGUUGAAAAUGGAACACAAUUUACGAGUGAAAAAUUCCUUCCUCAAGCAACUCGUCAAACUUAAUUAACUUCCUUAUGCAGCCUCAUGCACAUAUCACCCCAGUUUCCUUUUUAUGACUCCACUUACUAAAAACAUCGUGGAAGUCAGGGACGAUUGAUGAACAUUUGAUACACCUCGGUACCUACCUUCUUACUAACCCCUAUGACGUAGCAAUUCUACCAGUAAUUGCAUGUGAGUGAACAGGGUCAAUCCAAUUUCGAUACAUACAUACGAAUCGAUCCUUGUCCGUUUGUUUAGAAGAAUGGCUUCCGUAAUAGCCUCUUCAUCUUCACCUGCUCUCACUUUUGAUCUCAUCGCAAGGUGUUCCACUACACGAGCACGUGCUUCUACCCUAACCCUUCCUCAUGGACCGGUUCAGCUUCCGAUGUUCAUGCCCGUGGCGACACAAGCCUCAUUAAAAGGUUUGACGCCAGAACAAUUGGAAGAGACAGGAUGUCGGUUGUGUUUAAAUAACACCUAUCAUCUGGGCUUAAAGCCUAGGCAGGAGGUUCUUGCUGCGAUUGGAGGGGCGCAUAAGUUACAAGGAUGGAACUAUAACCUACUUACGGAUAGCGGAGGCUUCCAAAUGGUUAGCCUGCUUAAGCUUGCCAAUAUCACGGAAGAGGGUGUCAGGUUUUUAAGCCCCCACGAUGGCACUCCGAUGCUUCUCACACCGGAGCAUUCCAUAUCACUACAAAAUACUAUCGGCAGUGACAUCAUGAUGCAGCUAGACGAUGUAUUGGUCACAACUUCGCCAGACUACGUACGAAUGCGAGAGGCCAUGGAGCGCAGUGUUCGGUGGCUGGACCGGUGUAUUGUGGCGCACAAAAACCCCACCACCCAGAACCUUUUCUGCAUUAUCCAAGGCGGGCUGGACCUCGACAUGCGUCAGGAGUGCUGCAGGGAAAUGGUCGCUCGAGAUACUCCGGGUAUCGCUAUCGGUGGGCUCAGUGGCGGUGAAGCAAAGGAGGACUACUGUCGCGUAGUAGUGACUUGCACUGAACUUCUACCAGAGCUAAAGCCACGUUAUGUGAUGGGAAUUGGCUAUCCUGAGGACCUGGUCGUUAGUGUAGCUCUCGGAGCCGACAUGUUCGACUGUGUGUGGCCGACACGCACAGCCCGGUUUGGAAAUGCGAUUACGAAACAUGGCGUUCUAAACCUCCGCAACGCGAAAUAUGCCAAUGAUUUCGGGCCUAUAGAAGAGGGUUGCGGGUGCAUGUGCUGUCGCAGAGAUGGUAUGUGUAUUACUCGUGCCUUCGUUCAUCACAACACAGCUAAGGAGACCGUCGCUGCGCAUCUCCUUACUAUGCAUAAUGUGUGGUACCAACUCGACCUGAUGAGAGGGGUUAGGGCUGCGAUUAUCGAGGAUAAGUAUCCCGCGUUUUUGCGACGAUUCUUCGCAAAUCUGUAUUCAGAUAAAGAUAAAUACCCGAAGUGGGCGGUAGAUGCCCUGCGAGGAGUAGGCGUAGAUCUAUAUAGUGAAGAUACAGAUUGAACCAUC